GUGCCUAUCUUAAUCCCUAAUCUGCAAGCAUCCGCGCUUACGCCCGCGGCCCGCGUCCCGCUUCUACAGAAGCUGUCGAUCUCUCAGCUCUCUUGGUUGCGCCUCCAUUUAUAUACGAGACAGGAACCCCUUUAUAACUCUCUUGUUCGGUGAGUGCAUUAUAAUUGAAAUCCACAGACACGACACGCCUACACGGGCAGGGGCACGCACGGAGGCUAGGGUUCUGGUUUCUUGAAUCACCGGUGAACAAGAAAGAAUAACAUUUGGCUAAAUUCUUAGCCUUUCCGACGGCUGAUCUAGCGAAAAAUCUUGGGGGUUAUGGAGAGAGAGCUGGUUGCAUUGUUUGAAGCAGCGAAGAAAGCUGCGGACGCUGCGGCCACCGCUGACAGCGGAGUCGAGGAAAGUCGUUGCCUUGAUGCCUUACACCAGCUCAAGAAUUUCCCUGUCACUUAUCAUGUUCUUGUCUCCACCCAGGUCGGGAAGCGUCUUCGACAUCUCACAAAGCACCCUAGGAAGAAAAUCCAAUCAUUGGCUUCUGAUCUGAUUGGGAUCUGGAAAGAUAUAGUUAUAAAGGAAACAAACAAAAACAAACAAAAUGAAAGCUUGGAUGAUGAUAAGGGUUGUGUCGAGACUAAUAACAAUGUGAAGACAUCUUCUGUGAAAGUUCAGAAGGUUCCAAAGGUCGAAGGCGUCGAGGUUGACAAAGUCUCAAGGUCAGAUGCUGUCAAGGCAGGGAGAAAAGUUCAAAAUGUUAAUGUUGUUGGUAAGACUGAGAAAAAUGAUUUAGCUGAAAAUGCUGAAGUUGAAAAGAUAACCAAAGAGGAGAAGCAGAGUUCUGGAGUGAAGAAACCAUCAGUACGUCCUGGUGCACCACUGAAGCUUAUGUCAAUGAUUAAAUCUAAUGAUGCCAUGCGGGACAAAGUGCGAGAAAUUCUUCACGAAGCUUUGUCUAAAGUUUCUGGUGAGGCUGAUGAGGAUAUUCAGGAUGAAGUGAAUGCAUGUGAUCCGAUUCGAGUUGCUGUUUCUGUAGAGUCUGUUCUGUUUGAGAAGUGGGGCAGUUCUCAAGGGGCCCAAAAGGCCAAGUAUAGAUCAGUAAUGUUUAACCUCAAGGAUGCUAACAACCCAGAUUUUCGGAGAAGGGUACUUCUUGGACAUGUCGAACCAGAAUGGCUUGUCAACAUGAGCACAGCAGAAAUGGCAAGUGAUAAGAGGCGAAAUGAGAAUAGGAAGAUUGAAGAGAAAGCGUUAUUUGAUUGUGAGCGUGGAGCGCAACCCAAAGCGACAACUGAUCAAUUCAAGUGCAGUCGAUGCGGGCAACGCAAAUGCACCUACUACCAAAUGCAGACACGAAGUGCUGAUGAGCCUAUGACAACGUAUGUAACAUGUGUAAACUGCAAUAACCAUUGGAAAUUCUGUUAGUAUUAGUGUCUCUUACAAGAUGUAGCCAUUUUUUAUUUAUCGCCGUCGGGAGAUGAAUUAGGAAGCUGCUCGUGUGAUUGUGUGCUUCAGAGCUAGUGCAGUCAAGAUUCUGAAAUUUCAGAGUAGGAACUCUUUAUAUAUUAGAUUUUAACGAUAUCUUUGUAGGACUUUUGGGUUUAAUUUGAUGGGACUAUUGGAUCAAC